AUUUACUAACUAAAAUAACUUCAUCAUUUGCAUUUGUUUUCAUCAACAACCCUCAAGGGGCAAAGUCCAUUCCUGUAUGGUGUUCAUAUUUGAAUUUUGGCCAAAUCAUCCAGGCUAUUUUAAUCUGGAGCAUAACCACAAUGUCAUUUUAAACAAGAGUCAAUCAAAGCACUGCAUGAAUAUGUAUAUAUUAUCAGCUGGCCCUGAAGUACAUGAAGCUGAUGAUAUAUGAACACCUACAGAGAUAUAGUUUAAAGACAAUAAAGGUCAUAAUUCAAAGUUACGGCUUUAUUUUAACACUCCAUGUCGAGACUCAUGUUUGCUCAUAUAGGUAGGAAAAAAUAGCCUAUAUAUGUUACGUUUGUAUGCAUUUACAUGGUUGUAUUUUAAAGGUGGCACACUAAAACUGUUCAAACUGCAGGCCAAAGUGACCUAAAUCAGAUUUAAUUUUUUAUUUUUUUGCCCAUAUGUGACUCAGAUCUCUUUUUUGUUUUCAUGACAGUGUGAACAGCACAAAUCACAAUUCUUCUUUACAAUUCUGAUUUGGGCCACUUUCAUAUGUGGUCCAAAUCAGAUACAGGUCGGGUUUUUUUUUGCAAUGUGAACAUAUCAAAAUACAAGUGACUUUUAUGCCACUGCAGAUCAAUAUUCAUCAUGCAGGCCACUUCAGGAAAUAAAUCAGAAUGGGGUUGCCAAGGCUUGCUGUGUGAACGUAGCCUCUGAUUGUUGAUAGUAAUUUAUGAUGUUUUUAUUCACAGGUAGCUGCUGGAGGAAGUAGCUAACACACCAUAAAACCCACACCUCAGUUGGAGCAUUUGUGUCUCCAUAAGGCAAAAGACAAAAUGACGCCAUCAAUACAAAUUGCAAACAUCACGCAGGAUUGGGUGGAGAGCCUGCGGAGGUGGCAUCUAGAACUUUUUUUCAUCCCUACCACGGUCGUCACUCUGGCCACCUUGGUAGCCAACCCUGUUCUCCUGGCGUGCAUUUUCCUGUCUCGUGCCUUGCGUCAGGAGACCCGUUACCUGCUGCUGGCCAACACCCUGACAGCAGACAUGCUCUUCCUCAUCCUCAACCUGGCCACGGUGAUCUGUAACGCUGUGGGAGCUCAGAUACCCUGGCUGGUCUGUGAGCUGGUCACCGCCGUCACUGUCACCGCCUACUGCUGUGCCAUCCUCACCGUCACCCUUAUGGUGGCGGACACCUACGCUGCGGUUCGCUGGCCUCUCCAUUACCAUGACAUUCUUCCACCUGCCCGCACCCACCGCAUACUGGUGGGGGUGUGGGUGGUGGCGGCGGUGUACCCUUUCACCCUGUUGAUCAUAAUGGAGGCAGGGAGGGAAAUUCACCACGAAAAGGUGCCUGUGUGUCUGGUCCUCAUCUCCCUCGGCUUCAUUCAGCUAAAGAACACAGUGGGGAUCCACACCUACUUCUUUGUGGCUGCUCUCAUCUGUGCUACACUCAUUUUUUACUGCUACAUUCGGCUCUACAUGGUAACAAAGACCCAUGGAAUCUGGCAGAGGCGCUUCUCAAGGGCCCGGGUCACGCUGCUGGCUCAUGGGGUUCUGCUCCUGCUCUAUUUCGCCCCCGGCUUUGUCUUCACCCUGGAGCUCUUCUUCUUCCAUAGGAAAGACAUAAGUCAAGAUGUUCGUGUGUGGGUCAGCACGGUCAACAUGUGUGUUUUCAUGUUGCUGCCAAGGGCGUUUGCGCCAUAUCUGUAUGGGCUGAGGUACAGGGAGAUCUCUGAUACUCUAAUGCAGCUGCUACACCAGCACAGGAGACUCAGCCACAUCACUGUUUCAUAAAGACACUUGCAUUUUCCAUACCUAUACAUAAAACAUCUUCAACGGCAUUACUACCAACUGCAAGGGCAGUAGCAAGGAUUUUAGAAGUACUGAGGUCAUGAGUCCAAAUUCCCCCAGCACAGCCCAGCAACCUUGAGAACCUUUUUAUGAAUUAAUGAAUAUAUUCAUUUAAAAUAUAUAGUUUGUUAGUGUUUAUUGUCUAAAUGCUGUUUCACUCACCACAACACCAAGAAUGUAAUUCUGGUAGACAUGCACUAAAAUCCUGUUAUUCUAUCCAACUGUUUUGGCCUAUAGCAGCAGAGACUCUAAAACGCUGUGUGUGUGUGUGUGUGUGUGUGUGUGUGUGUGUGUAUAAAGUACAGAACAUAAACUCCUCCUCAACUUGUUAAAACCCCCAAAUUCUCAGAAACAAUACAGAGGAUGUCCUCAGCCCUUGUUGUUUGUUGUGUUUGCUUCACCUCAGACACUCCUUUGUCAUUCUAGUUCAAAAUUGUAAGUGGCACGGCCACUGCCUUUGAGUUGGUACUAAGCAUGUUUUGUAGAUGAAUCUGACUUUAGUUUUUUGCUUGGUCAUAAGAGCUUUUACUGCUCUGUGAAUCCAAAUGAGAAUAUGCUGAACUCCCUUGUUUUCCAAGUUUAUGUCUCAGUGUUGAGGCAUCUGUAAUCCCAUAAUUUGUUUUUUUUAAAUAAACUGUUCGACCCAAA